AUGUUCAAACAGGAUUGGAGAAUCGUUCCUUUAAGCGCAGCUAUUUAUCUCCUGUGCUAUCUCGAUCGAAGCAAUAUCGGAAAUGCAAAAGUCUUGAAUGAAGAGGAAGGGAAUGAUCUCCUCCACGAAACCAACAUGACCAACAUGCAAUACACAAUCGCACUCAUGGUCUUCCUCAUCGCCUACGCACUCUUCGAAGUUCCCUCGAACUACAUGCUCAAGCGCAUGCGUCCCAGUCGCUGGAUCGCAUUUCUCAUGCUAUCAUGGGGAGCAAUCACCAUGGGUCUAGGCGGUACGCAGAACUUCGGUAGUGUGACCGCAGUACGAUUCCUCUUGGGGGUCUUCGAAGCAGGACUUUUUCCCGGACUGGUGUAUUAUCUCACGUUCUGGUACCGGACUGAGGAGCGCUCGAUCCGGGUGGCAUUGAUCCUAGCAUCUGCGACUCUGGCGGGUGCGUUUGGAGGGGCAAUAGCUUAUGGGGUUGGACAUAUGAAUCGAGUCAGCGGGCUUUCGGCUUGGAGGUGGCUUUUCAUUCUGGAAGGUAUUCCGUCUGUAUUGUCCUCGGUGCUUGUGUUUUUCUUCUUGCCGGAUUAUCCUGAGACUGCGAAGUGGCUUGAUGCUGAUGAGAAGGCGCUUGCGGCUGAUCGCUUGAGGCUUGAAGGUUCGCAUGGUCACAGUGAGCAUAUGAAGUGGAAGGACGCGAAGGAGACGUUGAUGGACUGGAGGCUGUAUGCGCACUAUGUGGUGUACUUCGGCAUUUCGACUCCAUUCUCUAGCCUGUCGCUCUUCACGCCAACGAUUACUGCCGGGCUUGGGUACGAUGGGCUCCGAGCACAGCUCAUGACAGUCACAGUGCUCGUAUCCUGGAGCGCUGAUCACUUCAAUGCUCGCGGACUUCACAGUGCCAUCUUCGCUACAAUCGGCGCAAUAGGCUUCCUCGCAUCUGCUGUACUGCCUCCACAUGAUUAUGCGUCAAGAUAUGGCUGCUUGAUUGUAGCAGCUUCUGGCGCGUUCAGCUGCAUCCCGCCACUUCUUGGCUGGCUAAGCUCGAAUUUAUUCAGCACUGCUUCCGUUGGGCUCGCGAUAGCAAUCAAUAUCUCGUUUGGAGCUCCGGGACAAAUUGUUGGCGUCUGGAUCUACAAGGCGGACGAAAAGACGCGAGGGUAUCCGACCGGGCACUGGACGAAUGCAGCUUUGCUUUUCUUCGUGGCUGUAGGAUGUGUGGGUCUCGUGCUGUACUAUCGCAUGCUCAACAGGAGCAUAAAACGAAAUGGCGGAGACAGAAUGUACAGGUAUUAG